CAGUACACUACACUCUUGACUGCCCUCGGCUGCCUUGCUUCAUAUAUGCACCCUUCCCCACUCACACUCGCACUCACACUCUUCAUCUCAGUUGUCCGUGACCCAACGUCCUGAGCACCACGUCCUGUCGGAAUCCUCCACUCGAUUGGGUUCAUCCUGCACGCCUCUGUCCAGGUGUAGAUUCUCUCCACACCAAGCCAGCGCCUCACCUCGCAGCCAAUCAAGAUGCCUCUCCCCAACGCCCGGCUGUCCACCCUGUCCCUCCACACCGACGACCUACCUCACUCUACCCAUCCAAACCACAGCGUAGCUCCUCCACUCACCAGCAGCUCGACCUACCGCACGCCUCAUCCUCAGUCCGCCUUGGCCAAUGCAGAGCAAGACUUUGAAGAGGGAAAAGCCGAUCUUCAAGAUCCUCCGCUCCACAUUUACUCGAGGUACACGGAUGAGACCAGGACUAGAGUGGAGAAGGUGCUCAGUGCGAUCACGAAUGGCAACGCGCUGACUUACGCGUCCGGUCUCUCAGCUGCCUACGCAUCAGUCCUCCAUUAUGCUCCUCGCGUAAUUGCCCGUCGAGGUGGCUACUUUGGCGUGCACGUCUCUACGGAAGUCUACCUGCGCUCCCACGAUGUCAAGAUUAUAGACUUGGACGAUGUUUAUCCUCAAGCUGAAAGGAGCAAGGACGAGAAGAGGCCUUGGAGUGGUGGGCUGCUCGUCUGGGUUGAGAGCCCGCUCAACCCAACUGGAGAGAGUCGGGAUCUGAAACACUAUGCUGAUAAGACUCAUGCUGCUGGAGGACACAUGAUUGUAGACUCCACUUUUGGACCUCCUGGGCUGCAGGAUCCGUUCAAGCAAGGUGCAGACAUGGUCCUUCAUUCGGCGACCAAGUACCUUGGAGGUCAUAGUGACGUGUUGGCGGGUGUGCUCAGCGUGAAGAGCAAACAAGAGUGGCUGGCGCUCUGGCACGACCGCACAUAUGUUGGCGUACCGCCCGGCUCUCUGGAGAGCUGGCUGCUACUUCGUUCCCUUCGCACGCUCAAAGUUCGCGUUGCUCAACAAUCUUCGACCGCUACCGAGCUCGUGCGGUACCUCACAACCCUCGUAUCGCCUUCUCACAACGCUUCUCACGUCAUCCUCUCGUCCAGCGCCGAGGCUGCACAAACCUCCGAAGGCUUGCAAGCGGACAAGGAGAUCAGGGAGAGCGGCAUUGUGAGGCGCGUUUGGCAUGGAUCGCUGCAGCCUAGACAAGACAAGGAUGAGCUCGGAAGGAAGGUGGAAGGUGGACAGAACUUUGACCCGAAAGAGCAAAUGAGCGGAGGCUGGAAUCCUUGCUUCAGCAUCCGGCUCUCGGAAGAAAAGUACGCACGCUACUUGCCGCACGCCACUCAAUACUUCAUCCCCGCCACUUCGCUAGGAGGUGUCGAGUCUUUGAUGGAGUGGCGCAAAGCUGCCGAAUCCACGGAAGAGCCGGGUCUUGUUCGCAUCUCGGUAGGACUGGAAGAUAUCAAUGAUCUCAUCGAGGACGUCAGAGACUCUUUGCUCGCUCUGUCGCGCGGAGAGAGGUUGGGAGAUGCCAAGAAAGAAGCCAGGGCAGAUGUUGGUGAGCUCAGCAUGGCUGUGAGAGACCCUUGAGGUGGAGAUUCGCCAGGGAAAACAUCGAAGAUUUGGUCGUAGAUUGGUCUGGGAGGGCAUCUCUGGCUACCGGAACCAGCACGUCGCAGCAUGGUCACGCAUUCGGACCUCCGACACUCCUCGAAUAGAUCGUCUCUCACUUCCCUAGAUCGCGAUGACAUGUCUGCAUCGGACUGACUCGGCCGGAGCGGGGCGUCAGGCCGGGUAGUCAGCUCGAGCGGUAUGGUCAGUCCUGAUGUCACUUGGCGUA